CACACCAAAACAUGGAUGAUUAUUGAACUGAAAACCCAACCCAACUCCAAGACACUGACAGAUAGAGCCUAACGGAUAUUAUUUUGGCUGAAUUCCACAUCCAAUCUCCAUCUCACAAAAAAAAUGGAGAAUUGGUUCAUCGUCCUCGUCUCCUUCUCCAUCUGCUCUCUUCUCACCUCCAUUUUCACCCUUCUCCGUACCUCCUCCAAGCUUCCACCAGGCCCUCCUUCAAUCCCCAUCCUCACCAAUUUCCAGUGGCUCCGCAAAUCCACCCUCCAAAUCGAGUCUCUACUUCGUAGUUUCGUCGCAAAAUAUGGCCCCAUCAUCACCCUCCCCAUCGGCACCCGCCCCGUCAUCUUCAUCGCCGACCCCUCCAUCGCCCACAAGGCCCUCGUCCUCAACGGCGCCCUCUUCGCCGAUCGUCCACCGGCGCUACCUGUUGCCAAGAUCAUUACCUCCAACCAACACAACAUUAACUCUGCCUCUUACGGCCCACUCUGGCGCCUCCUCCGCCGUAAUCUCACUUCCCAAAUCCUCCAUCCUUCCCGUCUCAAAUCCUACAGUGAAGCUCGCAAGUGGGUUUUGGAUGUCCUUAUUAAUCGGUUUGUUUCUCAGUCUGAAUCGGGAAAUCCCGUUUGUGUUAUUGAACAUUUUCAGCAUGCUAUGUUCUGUUUGUUGGUGUUGAUGUGUUUUGGGGAUAAGCUUGAGGAGUCCCUGAUCAAGGAAAUUGAAGACGUGCAUCGAGUUUUGCUUUUGAAUUUUCAACGUUUUAGCAAUCUUGAUUUGUUGCCUAAAUUGUCCAAGAUUUUCUUCCGAAAACGUUGGGAGGCAUUUCUUGAAAUCAGAAGAAAGCAAGAUAAAGUCGUCAUCCCAUUGAUUGAAUCAAGAAGAACAGCCAUCCAAAACAGAGCAAGCAGUGCCAAAAAUGAAGACAAAGAAGGUUUUGUGUUUUCAUAUGUGGACACACUGCUUGAUUUAAAGCUCCCUGAAGAGGACAAUAGAAAGCUCACUGAUGAGGAGAUGGUCACCCUGUGCUCGGAGUUCCUCUCCGGCGGCACCGACACAACUGCCACGGCGCUGCAAUGGAUAAUGGCAAAUUUAGUGAAGAACCCAGAAAUCCAGAAUAAGCUUUUGUCAGAAAUGAAAGGAGUGAUGGGAGAUGGAUCAAGGGAGGAGGUAAAGGAAGAGGAUUUGGAGAAACUACCAUAUCUGAAAGCUAUGAUUUUAGAGGGAUUAAGAAGACACCCACCAGGGCAUUUCUUGUUGCCACACGCAGUGAAAGAAGACACCAUAUUGGAAAAUUAUGUGAUACCAAAGAAUGGUAUAGUAAAUUUCAUGGUGGCGGAGAUAGGUUGGGAUCCAAAAGUGUGGGAAGAUCCGAUGGCGUUUAAGCCGGAGAGGUUCAUGAAAGGCAACGAAGGAGAAGGAGUUGAGUUUGAUAUAACAGGAAGCAAAGAGAUAAAGAUGAUGCCUUUCGGAGCAGGGAGAAGGAUGUGUCCUGGAUUAGGCCUUGCAAUUCUUCAUUUGGAGUACUUCAUUGCAAAUUUGGUAUGGAGAUUUGAGUGGAAGGAAGUAAAGGGAGAGGAAGUUAGUCUUUUGGAGAAGGUAGAGUUCACAGUGGUGAUGGAGAAGCCUCUUAAAGCCAACAUUAUUCCAAGGUGAAAAGCCUCUUAAAGCUUUGUGCCUUGUGAGUCCAAAUUAAAUGCAAAGGCAGGCUAAACACAACACAAGACUAAGGCUUUGCUUUCGCUACUUAGUUAUGUAAGAAAUUGAAUCAUGUAUUAGCACAAAUAUGAACCUGUUCUACUCAAUUAACUGCAUUUGCAUUAGGUACAAAAGAGAUAUGAGUAAAUUCAGCUUAAAUUAUAAGCUUGGUAGCUUGUGUCUAAAAGGUUUAUGAAGUUUAAAAAAUAUGAAAUAUAGAACUUACUAUUGGUUGAUUGUUACA